AGAUUAAGGAUUGCAACAUUUUCAUGGGAGAUAGAAUGGCCUUAUUAUAACUGCCCUGAAAUGGAAAGACGGAACCCGUGUUCUCCAACGUUUGUUGGAAGACCAUUGCCGGAAACUCAGAAGCGAUGUUCCUCAAGCGAAGUACAACACCACAUCGCACACAAUUCACAUACAUCGGAAAGAGGAGCCAGCGAUCGCCGUAAAGGCCCUCGAGGGGCCGGGCGACAGUACAUCAAAGCGGAGUCGGCUGAAGACCCUUCCCCAGGAACUCACAAGGGAUGUCGGCGGCGGCAGCGGGUUCUUCCAUUGAAGGCAUUGUUGGGAGGGAGGCGCUGUGCUUCGGGAAGCGCCCGUCAGAAGCGCCGGCGUCGUCGAGCUAAUUUACGCCCGGUAGAUGGCGCGCGCGAUGGAGUGUAUCUGCGCGGCGCGAGCAUUGAUGCCGCCGUCAGCCCCGUGCGGUAUCUUGACAGCCCUAUUGGGCGCCUCAUUAUGGCGGCCCGGCGCGUCUAA